AUGCGCUGGGUGCGGCGAGGCGCACGCCGCCUAGUCAAGAGUUUAUACGAGGAUUAUCCUUCCGUGGGUAGCGAUACGGAGACCUCUGGCCCGCCUAACAGCGAAGAGCGGGCUGCGGGAUCUGAGAGACAGAGAGAAAGAUGGACCCGGUCAACCAGCCAGCUAGUAAAACGGAAUCGUUUUACAGAGCUUGUUCUUGUGCAACAAGAAGAGGCCCUAAUAAACCUAAACCCGGAGAUAAACGUAGACCCUAUCUCGUCCGAGACAGAACCGUCGAUUGCCCAGCAAAUUAACAUGAUUAGCGAACCGGAGACGCCUGCACCAGUGACUCCUACCCCCAGGGGUCGUAUCCUGAGCAAGAGGCGCCCCUUCAGCGUCACUUCCUUGCGGGCAACGAGGCAAAACGCUAGAUACCAGGUAACGCAGGAAGCCGUUUCCUUUGCCAUUUCGCCUACUACAGGGGACACCUCUCCAGCGAAGAGGACCCGAAGCAAGCAGCCAACCUACCGAAGACAAUCAAUAUUAACUAGCGAUAUUACUAGCGAUAACGCAGUAACAGCCCUCCUAAAAUCGCCGGAAACAUCUCUUAUCCCUACACUUACCCCCUCAGGGCAUUCGACUACGAUCGUCUUGGCCGAGAAUAACACGCUUGCCCGCUCAGUAUCAAGGAAACUCGAGGGUGGCACAGGCACUUUAGGCCUGAUCAAUGAUCUCACUACUAACAAUACUAACGACUACGUUUUCCUACUGGGGGACUUCAACCUUUAUUACCCGGCCUGGGGCGGCGAGAAUGCCGCCCGAGAUACCCUUUCUAACCAGUUACUUGAUUUAAACGAUAGAAGGUACCUAGAUCUCUGGCUAGAGCCGGGCAUCACUACCAGAGACGAAGCCGGAGCGAAGACUACGAUUAACCUGGUCCUCGGCUCGCAUGACCUGACCCCUAGGCUCGUUGCCUGCGAGGUCAACGAGCGAGUCCACGCAGACUCGGACCACUAUCCUAUACGAACUCUUCUGGAUAUCAGCACUAAAACCCCUGAGGCACAGCUCCGAAGGAACUGGAAAGCCUGUAGUGUCAAGGACCUGCAGAGUUUCGUGGACCUUAACCUACAGAAAUACCUUAUCGAGACAGUCAAUCAAGGAAUUGCUGCCUCCACCCCGUGGGCGAAGCCCAGCAAGUGGGCGAACCCUUCAUUUAAAGCAGAAUGCCGCGAAAUGAUCAAGAUUACCCGGAAAUUCCGGCAGACCGCAGAACAGAAAGUAGAGGCAUUUCGUAAAGCCUUUUUUCUCGAGCCACCCCCGGCCGACCUCUCUGACAUCUCUACGGCCCGGAUAUCCCCCCAGAUUGAUUUCCCGGACCUUACCGAGUACGAGGUACUCCGUUGCAUCAGACGGGCGCCUCCCGAUAAAGUAUCAGGACCGGAUGGCAUCCCUAAUAAGGUCUGGCACUGGCUGGAUAAGGUCUCCUCCUUCCUCGCUCUAUUAACGCAGAUAUUCAACGCGUACCUACGUCUUGGGCACAAUCCGGAAUACUUUCAGCAAUCGACUACUGUAAUGCUGCAUAAAACAGCCUCUCGGGACUAUCGCCUCGCCAAAUCCUACCGACCUAUAGCGCUCCUGAAUACCCUCAGUAAGAUCCUGGAGGCCGUAGCUACAGUACGGAUCGCCUGGGCCCUGGAGGAGCGUAAUCUCCUACUCAGGAGCCAUUUAGGGGGCCGCAGGGGCAUCUCAGUCGACCACCUGAUCCAGUUGCUUCUUGACCAGAUCUUUGAGAGCUGGGGCAAGGGCCGGAAAUUUCCCGGAUAUCUCAGUAACCUUAUUCCAACCCCUACCGGUAUCCCCCAGGGGUCCCCUAUAUCGCCGAUCUUAUUCUUCCUUUUUAACACCCCCCUUAUUCGCGCCCUAUUAAUUGACGGUAUCGAGGCCCUUCGGAUCCAUCCACCCCUCCUGGAGGGAGACAAGACGGUCCCCUACGGGUGGAUUGACGAUGUUGCUACCCUGGCCAUCUCGGAUAGCUACGCGGUCAACCAGCGUCUUCUAAAGAGGGCCCUGGAUAAGGCCGCGGUAUGGUCAAGGCAACAUUCGUCCAAAUUUGCCCCCGAUAAGUUCGAACUCAUCCAUUUCAAGAAUCCGCUUCGCCCUGAUCCUGCGGUAGAACGACCCGUACCGCAGGAAUAUAUAUAUACCGAGCCGUGGCAGGGAGAGGACCCAGAGGUUGACAACUGGGAUCCCCCAGUGGAGUACGCCAAAUACCUAGGAAUCUGGCUCGAUAGGACCCUUUCGUUCGACACUCACAGGGCCAAGGCCCUUGCUAAGGCGAACAGGACCUUGGAAGCCCUCCGCAGCAUCUCAGGCUCGACCUGGGGGACCUCCCUGCUGAACAUGCGCCGCAUCUACCUAGCAGUGGUAGUCCCUCAGCUGCUCUACAGGGCGGCUGCCUGGUAUAGCCCUACGAGCCAGACAGUCAACUACAAGAAGCUCCAGAAGACGGUCAAUGAAUUUCAGAAAAUUCAAACCCGCGCAGCUAUUCUUAUCAGUGGCGUAUUCCGUAACACGGCCUCAGCUGCACUAGAGGUAGAGCUUUACCUUCCCCCUAUACGAAUACAGAUGCAACAAGCCAUUCAGGAAACGGCCAUUCGGAUCCAAACCGGGCCGGCCAUGGCCUGCCCCCGGGGGCUGCGCUGGGAAAGGUUAAAGGAGGAGUUGCCCCUGAGGUGCAUCAUUGAGGGGGCAGAGGAAGCAGUUCAGACCCACGAUAGAGUCUGCCGCGAGGACCGACAGAUCUGGUAUACAGAUGGAAGCAGCUAUCAGGGGAUGAUCGGAGCCGCCGCGGUCUCUAUUCGAGCAGGCAAGACCGCCAGGAAAUACCUAGGAACGGAACUGGACUCUACGGUCUACGUUGGGGAAUUGGAAGGGACCCGAAUGGCCCUAGAUCAGGCAAAGCCUAUCCCGAUCACGGUUUUCUCAGACAGUCAGGCGGCUAUUCAAGCCGUGCGCAACCCUGGCCGGCCAUCGGGCCAGUACGCAUUGCGGGCUAUUUAUGAGAGGAUCAGGACCCUGCGGAGCGAGGGCCUAGAGGAUGCUGAAUUACGCUGGAUUCCCGCUCACAUCGGGGAGGACGACGAGGAGGCUCCAGAACCUACCAACCUGCUAGAAGGGCUCGAACUAGGCGAGGAAGACGAUGGUUACAUGGAACUCUAG